GAAGAACCUCUACCUUAGAAGCAAUUCGCCUCAGAACAUAUCAUUCUUUAAAUGUAGGUAGACCAGACCUGUUUGAGCUUCAUAUCUAUUUGUAUUAAUUUGAUCUUUGAAAAGCAGAUGGAACAAUCCACGGAGACACUUCACUUUCUGAAGACACUUAGCACCUACUUUGGAUAAUGUUCCAUGAAUGAAGGUCAUUGUUAUUCUAAAACGGAGAAUUACACGAAAAAGGCAUGUUCCUAUCCAUCUUCAGUGCCUUCACAAUAGUCUGAAAUUCUUGUUUGAGGAGAAUGUUUCUCGAGUGUGGCCACUCUGAAAGCUGAGGUUCAGACAGGGGCGGAUCUCAUACACCUCAGCACACAACACAUCUGACUGUGGGAUUAUAAACCCACACGUGCGUUUAAACAGAGAGGGCCAGAUAUCCGAGGACGGACCUGCGCCGCGGGAAUGUUUAACUGCAGCUCUGGAGCUGGAGGAGAACCGGCGUGGCCAGAAAUGCCCAGCAGUGCGCCUCCGUGCGUCUGUCAGAGAGGAACCGGACACCGAGGGAGCGCGCUCUGACUGGAUAUCUCUGUUUGGAUCAUGGCAGUGUCAUCUCUCCACGCGCGUGUCUCCAGAAGACCUCGGGAUCUUAUCUCGGAUUUAAACUCUUUGUGGAGUUUGUGACCUUCACACCUGGAUCUUCGGGAAGUUGCCUCGCUGUCGACCUGUUUUUUGGGGGGGACUCUUUUAGUCGUUAUAACGUUGAGCUGAUUGUCCACCGCGCGCGUUCGCCGAAGGUUUCGGGAUCGAGUCCCUCAUGACACCCACGUCCCCUUGUGUCUGGAUCUUAACGAAAACCACAGACUUUGGAUACUCGAUUUAUUUAUUUUUUUCUCUCUCCCCUCAUGCGUCCGGAGCGAAUUUAGGAUGCUGUGUCUGUCUCCUCCAGUAACCUACAACCUGUUAUUCUGGUUUUUAAUUAUCCAAACACCACAUUUAACUGCACCUUUAAUCACCGGUACGGAGGCUAGCUGUGAAAACGAGGGAGAAGUGUUACACAUCCCCAACAUCACAGACAACCCCUGCAUCUCCUGCGUCUGUCUGAAUCAGAAAGCAGACUGUAAGCAGGAGAAGUGUUCGCCGCUGGCAGAGGACUGUGCACUGGUGGUCAAACAGACAGGAGCCUGCUGUGAAAGAUGCAAAGGUUGUCAGCUAAAAGGGACGUCCUACAACAGUUCUCAUCACUGGACCAGCCCUGUGAAGCCCUGUGUCACGUACAGCUGUCAGGAAGGUGUCAUCACUGAGGCAGAAAUGAGGUGUGUCAUUCACUGUAAGAAUCCCAAAAUGCAUCCAAAGAAAUGCUGCCCGACUUGCCCAGGGUGUAUUUUCGAGGGGAAUUUAUACAAAGAAGAUGAAGAAUUUCAUCCAGAAGGGAAUCCCUGUAUUAAAUGCAUCUGCACAGGAGGGCAAAGCAUGUGCCAUAAACUGGUGUGUCCUGUUCUGUCCUGCCCAUCUCAUCUCACCCAGACUCCACCGGGCCAGUGCUGUCCUAGAUGUCGUGGUCAGAGGAGGGUGUUUGACUUGUCGCCUGGCAGCUGUCUGUUCCACAGUGAGGUCUAUGAGAACGGUACAUCCAUCAGCAAUGACAACUGCACCACCUGCACGUGUGUCGACUCUACGGUGCUGUGCAGGAAGAGAUGCUCCGCGCCUGGCAGCGGUCACGGCUGUGAAGAGUGCCAGUCUCAUCUGAAGAUGGAAGACGUGAAGUACUGCAGGGUGAAGAGCAAAAUCUAUAGGGAUGGUGACAGAUGGUCGUCUGCUAACUGUUCUCUGUGCACCUGUGUUAAGGGGAAUAUUGAAUGUCAGCCCAAGAUUUGUGUUCCUGUUACCAGCUGUCCCUCGAAAAAGAUAUUGAACCGAACUGGAUGCUGUCCUGUUUGCACUGAUAAGCCAGGUGUGUGUACCGUUUUUGGAGACCCUCACUAUAACACUUUUGACGGCCGCACCUUUAACUUCCAGGGCACGUGUAAAUACGUGCUCACUAAGGACUGCUCCCCAGCGGCCAGUUUCACGGUGCUGGUGAAGAACGAUGCCCGUCGCACACGCUCCUUCUCGUGGACCAAAUCAGUGGAGCUGCACACAUCAGGCCUGAGCAUCAGCCUCCACCAACACCUGACCGUCCGUCAAAACGGCACACGCAUCGCACUUCCCUUCCACAGCACAGGGGUCCACAUUGACCUGGAUGGAUACCUGCUCAAACUCACCACCAUCGCAGGCCUGGAGAUCACAUGGGACGGGGACAGUCUGGUGGAGGUGGUCGCAGCGCCCCAUCUGAAGGGGCAGCUCUGUGGGCUGUGUGGGAACUACAACGGUCAAAGGCGGGACGACUCUCUAGGAGGAGACGGCCAGUUUAGGUUUGACGUGGAUGAAUUCGCCGAGUCUUGGCGUGUGGAGGACAAUGAGGUGUGUAAGGCACCGAAACGCAGGCCCACGUCCUUCCUCUGUCCCGGCACAGUCAAAGUAAAGCUGCGUGCACACAGAACGUGCCAAAAACUCAAGUCCUGGGAGUUUCAGAAGUGCCAUCCUGCUGUAGACUUUACCUCUUUCUACAAGUCAUGUGUAACAGACAUGUGUGAGUGUCCAGUGCAUAAAAACUGUUACUGCGAGUCGUUUAUAGCUUACAGUCGAGCGUGUGAGAGAGAGGGCAUUCGAGUGCACUGGAGACCGGAGCUCACCUGCAUGAGCACACACUGCAAACAUGGGGCAGUUUAUGACACAUGUGGACCUGGCUGCACUAAAACCUGCAAUAACUGGAAUGAAAUCGGUCCCUGUCAAAGGCCCUGUGUCGCUGGCUGCCACUGUCCGGCCAGCCUGGUCCAGUUUGAAGGCCACUGCAUUAAAUCGACAUCCUGCCCCGUGCGAUGAACCUCAGGACUAUAAACGCAGAGGGCUGCAAGAGAUCCAAACACAGAGGCAAAAAGAGCACGGUGAACCCUGAACCCUGCUUCCCUCAGCAGUGAGACUCGCCAGUAUCUUCUAAAUAAGCUUCUCUGUGGGGACUCCUCGCUCUAUGUGGAUUUCUCAUAAGUGGUGAAUACCAAAUCCUUAGUGCCUUACUGAAGUCUGGAAUGAACUCAGUGUUACCAAACAAAAAGGACCAGAACUGGACAUUUUAAGUUAAGUGUGGGGUAUACAGCAUACAUAAACUAUAGUAUUAUCCAUUUAUUGGGUCAGCCAGUAUUUAAUACACAAUGUCUUUACUGAAAGGGAAAUUAUUUAUGUAUUUGUUGUUUUUGUAAAGUCAGGUACUCAGAUGUGACUUAUUAUAGCAUUAAAGAGAAGUGUACUUUAUUUGUCCAGCCAAGAGUUCAUACACUGAUGUAUGUGUUAUUUUAACGGUACAUUUCACUUGACCCAUUAAUAUACACUUGACCCAUACUAUAUAUAACCAGUAUAAAGCUUAUAUACUUUCACAGGAAAACAUUUUUAAAGGUUCUCUCAUCAGGAAGUGCAGUGUGAUGUUUGUGCACACAACUCAGGUUCAGAGAUGUCUUGUGUUGAUUCAGGACUGGGUACAUAGAUUGACAUGCACCAAUGGUAGAGCCCUCCCAAAAAAUUUAAAUUAGCAUUAUAUAGAUUUUGCUGGGAAAUUCAGCUACUUAAGAGUACAUAAAAAAUGGACUUGUAGGGACUGUAAAUAAAAAAAAAUAAAAAAAGUGUUAAUAGUGUUGAGUGUCCUGUAGUUCAGUCGAAAUCUGGAGAUCAAGUGUUAAUUUUUGAGCUACAUUAAAUCUGACUAAAAAUAAAACAUUCUCCACAAU